GAAGACACCCGCCCCCCAGCCUAGAACGAGUCAUCCUGGCCCCCUGCCCCCCCAGCCCUGCCGGUGCCCCCCGCUCCCGGCCUGCAGCCCCUGGCCCUGACUCCCCCUUUCCUCGGCAGGGGCCUCUGGUUCCCCCCACCCUGUACCCCGUCUCCCCCUGCCCUGUGCUGAGCCCGGUCUGUCUGGCUCUCCCUGGGGCUGCUUGGGCAUGGACGUGGCAGGGCAGAGGAGUGGGGCGUGCACGGGCCAGCACAUGGAAUUGCACACACAUGCACCGGCCCCUUUCACGUGGGGGACGGUGCCCUGUUUCCAGGCUGUUCUGGGCCCGCACGUGUGCCUGGGGCUGUGCCCAGCUGGAGCUGGUCUGUGGGGUCGUGACCCUCCUGGGGCCCGAACCUGGCACCCCCGGGGGCCUGGGCACGGCAGCAGGUGCCGGACACCUUCCAGCCGCCCUGGCUCUGGACCAAGCGGCCAGACCGGCCCUGUGGGGUGAGGGGCCGUUUUGUACCCCCCAGCCUGGCCCGGCACUGCACCCCCCCACAUGCCAGCAGGGUCCUGCUGCCUGGGGCUGGGGCGGGGGCUGGGCCGCGGCAGGUCCCCCCGGCCCUGUGCUCGCGGCGCGGGCGCUCGACUCCGUGCGGGGGAGUCCGUCCAAGGAAUGUGACACAUCAGACGGCAGCUGCCACUUCGGGAGAGGGGGCAGAGACAGCUCCGCUCCCCCGGCUCCGCCACAGGCAGCCGGAGCUGGCGCCGGAGCGGGGACGCUGGGCUUGCUGCGAGCCCCCGGAGCCAGCAGGGACGUAGGGGGCUGCGCCCCGGGCCAGUGGGGAGCGGGGCCCAGCACGUGGCUCCAACAACCCCCUGUGCUGCAGCCUCCAUCGCUCUCUGCAGCCGCAACCUGAGCUCCUGGCUAUAAAUAGCCCCGUGCCGUGGCGCAGCGGUGACCUUCGGGGGUCCGGCAGCCCGGGGGGCAGGCUCCGGACCAAGCGGCACCGGCACCGGGCCCUGCCCGCUGGCACACGCCCAGAGCACAGCCCGGGGGCUCCCGGGGCCCACGGGCGCUAAGAGCCAUGCACCGAGCCCAGGCCGUCGGCAACCUGAGCAAGGCUGGGGAUGAGCCGGGGCAGGCCAGGGCCGCACCGCCGAGCCCCGGCAUCCCCCCGAAGCGGGCCAAGGUCACAGCAGAGCCGGGCGGCUCCUUGGCCCCCGUCUUCGUGCGGAAGCUGAAGAACGCGGCCAUCGGCACGGGCUGCGACAUCCGGCUGCGCGUGGCGGCGGCUGGCAGCCCGCAGCCCCGGCUGCGCUGGUACAAGAACGACGAGCUGCUGCCGGGCGCCGCGGGCGAUGACACCCUCUGGAUCCGCGACUGCCGGGCGCAGGAUGCCGGUGUCUACACCUGCGUGGCCCGCAACGCCCGCGGCGAGGCCAUGACCAGCGCCGUGCUGGCUGUCAUCGACGUGGACGACUCGGAGACCGGCGAGGACGAGGCCAGCGACCCGCAGGUGACGGCACGCGGCGAGCUGCAGGAUGACGCCACAUUCAGCACCCCCACGGGGGAGUCGGACACGCUGGUGGACGCCUCGGUGAGCACGACACCCACGUCCGCACCGGGGCUGGUGCCGGCGGACGAGCGCUCCAGUGGCUCGGGCAGCCAGCAGACGGUGGUCGAGAGGGAGACGGAUGCCGGCCCCCCGGCCCGAGGGCCCUACCUGCGCCCUGGCACCCACGCCCCGGCGCCGCCACCGCUGCCCAGGCAAGCACACGCGCCGGCCCCCUGGGGCACCGGCAUCCGGCACCUGGGCGUGGAGCCGCUGGUGCGGGCCUCGCGGGCCGACGUGGCGGGCGCGGGCUGGGGGUCGGAGGACAGCCUCUCGGUGGGCAGCGACCCCUACGGCAGCGCCUUCAGCCUCUACCGCGGGCGGGCGCUCUCCCUGCACGUCAGCCUCCCCCAGGGCGGGUACCGGCGGGACGACACGGACGCCAGCUCCUCCGACCGCUCCCCACAGCCGGGCACCGAGCCCCUGCCCGUCCCGCCGCUCAGUGCCAAGCCGCCCGUGCUGCGCUCUGCCUCGCCGCGGCCCGGCUCCACGCCCCUGACGCCCCGCAAGAAGGCAGCGAUGCCGGCCGAGUACCGGGACACGGUGCCCGAGGAGCUGGAGGAGAAGCUGCACAAGCCCAAGUCAUCGGGGCCGUCGGUGAGCAGCACGCAGGGCUCGCGGCCGCCCACGCCCCUCAGCGAGGCCUCGGGCCGCGUCUCGGUGCUGCGCGGCUCGCCCAAGCUGGUGCGCUCGGGCUCCAGGAUCUUCGAGAAGCUGCGCUGCUUCGAGGAGCGGCGCCGGAGCCUGGACCAGAGCGACAGCCCCUUCCCGGUGCACGCCUGGCUGCCCCUGCGCAAGACCCGCUCCGUGGACCUGGCCGCCCGCCCUGGGGCUGGCGCAGGCAACAUGGCCUCCGCCUCGCCCAGCGGCUCGCGGGAAGACCUGCGGGAGGGCACGCGCUCCGAGCUGGGCGGCGUGGCCUGCCGGCGCCUGGCCUUCCGCCACAAGGCUGCCUCCCUGGACGAGCGGCGCCGUGCCGCCGAGCUGGAGCUCAAGUUCUCCGAGGAGCUGAGCCGCAUCAAGUGCAGCGUCUCCAAGCAGCAGCUGCGGCGCUCCCAGGAGCUGGCCAAGACCCGCGAGCCCAUGGCUGCCCCCGAGCCCGCGGCCCCCCGCAUGGUCCAGAAGGUCCAGCCCGUGCAUACCGCCCCGGCUGCACACGUGCCAUCACCACAGGUGCCCGCCGAGAACACACGUGUCAUCCAGCAGCUGGCCCUGUCCAGCAUGGGGAUGGUGGGGCCCCGCGACGAGCCGGAGCCGGGUGCCACGAAGGCCGGGCGCAAGCCACUGGUGCGGAGCUGUGCCACGGCCGGGCCGCUGGAGGGGGACAGUGCCCGCCGGCCUGGGCAGCAGCAGGAGGGCACCGGCGAGCUGCGGAGGAGGCUGGAGCAGUGCCCGCUGGCGCAGGCCACCCCGCUGGGCCGCAGGGACCUCGCGGGCACUGGGCCCCUGGAGGCCGCCACGUGCCCGGGCGUGGCGAGAGCCGGCCAUGAUGCCCGGGCCCCCGGGGUGGCAAGCGAGGCCCCAGCCACCGUCCGCCCACCCGGCCAGCCCCACCGCAAGCGAGACGCAGCCCCCGAGACGCGGUUCCUGCCCUGGGCACGGCCUGGCCUGGAGUACGAGGGCAGCCUGGAGCGGCGGGCGCCAGGGCCGCACGGGGCGCGGGAGCCCGAGAGGAGGCCGCUGAGGGUGGGCGAGAGGAAGGAUGGUGGCACACCGGCCUCCGAAGGAAGAAGUGCCCGGAGCAAGGGCAAGGGGCGCCGGGUCCGGCCCACCUCCCCGGAGCAUGAGUCCUCGGACGACUCCUACGUCUCGGCGGACGAGGACCCGCUGGAGGCGCCCGUCUUCGAGAUCCCCAUCCAGGACACGGCCGUGACUGUGGGGGGCGAGGUGCUGCUCAAGUGCAUCGUCACUGCCAACCCCUGCCCCGAAGUGUCGUGGCGUAAGGACGGGGUGCCCCUGCGCAGCUCAGUGGCGCGGCCCAUCCGGGCGGAGGGCGAGCGCCACACGCUGCUGGUGCGCGGGGCCCGGGCGGUCGACGCCGGGCUCUACACCGUGGCGGCCGCCAACGAGGUGGGCGAAUCCUGCUGCAGCGCCAUCCUCACCGUGCGGCCCGGACGUGCACCGGCUCGGGCUCCGCUUCCUUCCCUGCGGCCCCGAUCCAGCUGCAGGGACUGGUGUGGGGGGUCCCUGCUGCUGGGACCUGGCCUGGGAAGUGGGGGAGGUCCCUGGCGGGGUGCAGGAGUCACCAGUGGUGCCCCUGAGCUUGGCUGUCUUCUGGGUAGCAGCUGGGGGGCUGCUCUGGGACCCCCCAAGCCUCCCCACGUAGGGCUGGCAGUGGUGGGACCCAGGGCCUGGGUGGGGAGGGGCCGGGCCAGGCCAGGGGGGCUGCAGGGGUGCACCGCAGCUGGGAUGCAGUCGCCUGAGCCGCCUGCGCUGCCCAUGCCCUGGCACGGUGCCCCCGCGCCCCCCCGGCCCAUGGCCAGCCCGGUGGCCUCGGACGAGGAGUACCUGAGCCCCCCGGAGGAUCUGCCUGAGCCUCCCGCCCCCCGGGCCCGUGCCCCGGACCCCGGCAUCAAGGCGGCGCCAGCCUUCGAGGCGACGCUGUCGGACCAGGCGGUGCUGGAGGGGCAGGACGUCAGCAUGAGUGUGCGGGUCCGUGGGGAGCCCAAGCCCAUCAUCUACUGGCUGAGGAACCGGCAGCCGGUGAAGUAUGGGCGCCGGCACCGUGCGGUGGAGGAGGAGGAUGGCGGCGCCUUCACGCUGCGCAUCGCGGCGGCUGAGAUCACCGAUUCUGGCUACUACGUCUGCAAGGCCAUCAAUGAGUACGGCACGCGGCAGUGCGAGGCCAAGCUGGAGGUCAGAGCGCACCCCGCCGGGUCGGCGCUGGCCGUCGUGGCACCGCUGCAGGACAUGGUGGCCGGGGCGGGGGAGCGGGCGCUGUUCGAGUGCCUGGUGGCUGGCCCGCCCGACGUGGACAUGGACUGGCUGUGGCGGGGGCGCCUGCUGCAGCCUGCCCUGCUCCAGUGCAAGAUGCACUUUGACGGGCGCAAAUGCAAGCUGCUGCUCAGCUCUGUGCACGAGGAUGACAGCGGUGUCUACACCUGCAAGCUCAGCACCGCCAAAGAGGAGCUGACGUGCAGCGCCCGGCUGACGGUGCAGCCCUCGGUGGAACCGCUCUUCACCCGCCCGCUGGAGGACCUGGCCGUGGUGGAGGGGCGCGCGGCCCGCUUCGACUGCAAGAUCAGUGGCAACCCGCCACCUGCUGUCACCUGGACCCAUUUCGGGCUGCCGGUGCAGGAGAGCGAGAAUGUGCGGGUGCUGCGGGACCGGGGGCUGCACUCGCUGCUCAUUGCACACGUGGGUGCCGAGGAUGAGGGGCGCUACGCCGCCAGCGCUCACAAUGCCCACGGCCAGGCUGAGAGCGCCGCCCAGCUCUACGUGGAGGAGCCACGUCCUGCUGCCACCGCCCACGCCUCCAAGCUGGAGAAGAUGCCGUCCAUCCCUGAGGAGCCGGAGCAGGUGGAGACAGAGGCCGAGCGCUUCACCAUGCCCGACUUCCUGCGGCCGCUGCAGGACCUGGACGUGGUGGAGGGCAAGGAGGCGGUGCUGGAGUGCCAGGUGGCCGGGCUGCCCUACCCCACCAUCGCCUGGUUCCACAACGGCGCCCGGCUCCGCAGCGCCGACGACCGCCGCAUGACGCAGUUCAAGGACGUCCACCGUCUGGUGUUCGUGGCCAUCACCCAUGCCCACGCUGGCGUCUACAAGAGUGUCAUUGCCAACAAGGUCGGCAAGGCCACGUGCUACGCUCACCUCUACGUCACAGACGUGGUGCCGACACCUCCCGAUGGCCCUCCCACCGUGGCUGCGGUGACCGGCAAGGCCAUCACACUCACCUGGAACAAGCCCCGCUGGCUGGAUUCGGCCAUCGACCCGGCCACCGUGACCUACACCAUCCAGCAGCAGGUGGUGGGCACCAGCCACUGGACAGUCUUCGCCACGGGUGUGCGGGACACGGCCUACACGGUGCACGCGCUCACCAAGGGGGCUCUCUACCUCUUCCGCGUCAUCACCGCCACCCCCAAGGCCAGCAGCAAGCCAUCGCCGCCCGCCGGACCUGUGCAGCUCCUGGACCGCGGCCCCUACUUGGAGGAGACGCCGGUGAUCCUGGACAAGCCGGACAUGGUGUUCCUGGUGGAGGGGCAGCCAGCCACCAUCACCGUCACCCUUAACCACGUGGAGGCCACGGUCAUCUGGAGGAGGGGCGAGGUGGUGCUGGGCGAGCAGGACGGGGCGUACGAGCUGAGCAUGCCGGACGACGACCAGCACAGCCUGCGCAUCUUCCGGGCGGGCCGGGCCGAUGCCGGGGAGCUGGCCUGCGAGGUGCGCAACCCGCACGGCGCCGACACCUGCUCCAUCGCCCUUGAGCUGGCAGAGGCUCCGCGCUUCGAGUCCAUCAUGGAGGACAUCGACGUGGGCAUAGGUGAGACGCCGCGCUUCGCCGUGGUCGUGGAGGGGAAGCCGCUGCCCGACAUCAUGUGGUUCAAGGACGAGGUGCGGCUGGAGGAGAGCGCCCACGUGAGCUUCGUGUACGACGACAGCGAGUGCUCCCUGGUGCUGCUGGGUGCCACCCCUGAGGACGCCGGCGUCUACACCUGCACAGCCCGCAACCCCGCCGGCCUCAUCUCCUGCAAGGCCGAGCUGGUCGUGCGCCCAGCCCAGCCCAAGGCCGAGGUGGCGGCAAGCGAGGACAAGGCGCGGCGGCUGACCGACUACUACGAUGUGCAUGAGGAGAUCGGGAGAGGGGCCUUCUCCUACCUGCGGCGGGUGACGGAGAAGAGCAGCAUGCUGGAGUAUGCUGCCAAGUUCAUCCCCGGGCGGGCCAAAGCCAAGGCGUCGGCGCGCCGGGAGCUGCACAUCCUCUCACGCCUGGACCACGAGCGCGUCGUCUACUUCCACGACGCCUUCGAGAAGAAGAACGCCCUCAUCAUCGUCAUGGAGCUCUGCGCGGAGGAGGAGCUGCUAGACAGGAUGGCCAGGAAGAUCGCCGUGUCCGAGUCCGAGGUUCGCUCCUACAUGCGGCAGGUGCUGGAAGGGCUCCGCUACCUGCACCAGUGCGGCAUCCUGCACCUCGACAUCAAGCCCGACAACCUGCUGAUGGCCGACCCCAGCAGCGAGCAGGUGCGGAUCUGUGACUUCGGGAACGCGCAGGAGCUGACCGCGGGCGAGCCGCAGUACUGCGCCUACGGCACGCCCGAGUUUGUGGGGCCUGAGAUCGUCAGCCAGAGCCCCGUCUCCCCCGUCACCGAUGUCUGGCCCGUCGGGGUCAUCACCUACCUGUGCCUGACCGGGAUCUCGCCCUUCGUGGGCGAGAACGACCGCACGACGCUGAUGAACAUCCGCAACUACAACGUGGCCUUCGAGGAGCGCGGGUUUCGUGGGCUGACGCGCGAGGCCAAGGGCUUCGUCAUCAAGGUGCUCGUCAGCGACCGCCUGAGACCCGACGCGGAGCAGACGCUGGAGCACCCCUGGUUCAAGACGCUGGCCAAAGGGAAGACCAUCCCCACUGACCACCUGCGGCUCUUCAUCUCCCGCCGGCGCUGGCAGCGCUCCCAGAUCAGCUACAAGUGCCACAUGGUGCUGCGGCCCAUCUCGGAGCUGCUGGCCGACGCCUGCGACCGCCUCUCGGUCGCCGUGCCCCGGCACUCGGCGGAGCCGGCGGCCCUGUCAUCCUCCUCCGACUCGGACGACCCAGAGGAGCUGCCCUGCCUACCCGCGCCCCACCCCACCGCCGCCGAGGCCGCCGGCUCCCGCGUGUCGCUGGACGAGAUCCCCACGGACGACGAGGCAGCGCCCAUGGACUGGCAGGGCGCGGGGGUCGAGGAGGCCGGGAAGCGGCCACGGGGCGCCAGAGCCCGGAAGCGCUCCACGGAGCCGGAGGAGCCUGGGUCCUCGGACGAGGAGCCGCCCGCAUCCCAGCGGCGCCCCGAGCCCCCACGCCCCGCGCCCCACAAGGGCUCCAGCCCAGAGCUGCCAGGGCUAGCGCACCCGUCCUCCCGCCGUGGCGAGCUCAAGCGUGGCAGCUCCGCCGACAGUGCCCUGCUGCUGCGCCUGCCCCCGGGCACCGGCCCCGAGCCACCCGCUGGCCCCGCUGAGCCCCUGAAGAAGGCGGCCUCCAUGGAGCUGCCCCGGCGCAGCCCCAGCCCGGGCGGCCCAGCGCGGCGCCGGCCCGAGGAGGAGCCCACGCAGCGCCUGGAGCUGAUGCGGCAGCGCCUGCUGCGGGGCAGCUCGGGCGACGGGCGGCUCAGCGGCCUGCGCGGGCCCCUCCUGGAGACGCUGGGCGAGAGGAAAUGGCUGCGCCCACCGCGGCCGGAUGCGGCUGCAACGGGGCCGCGGCUGGAGCGCGCGGCCUCGAGCGAGGCGGCUCCGCUGCGCCCGCCGCCCGAGCACCGGCUGCAGAAGAGCAGCUCCUUCAGCCACGGCGACGCCGAGCCCGUGACCCUGCGGCGCCGCUGCGGCGCCCCGCUCGAGAUCCCGCUGGCCCAGCUCGAGGCCCAGCAGCUCCAGGAGUCGCCGUCGCUCUCGGCCCUCAACGAGUCCCGGCCCCAAACCCCGCGGGACAGCCCUGUGCCCGCCCCCGAGCUGGGGGCACCCCAGGACAAGGCCACCCCUGGGAAGGUGCCCGGCGCAGAUGCUAAAGCCAAGCCGGGGCCCAGGCCCGGCUCAGCCAAGCCCGAGGUGGAGCAGCUGAUAGCAAAGCUGCAGCCGAGGCCGGAGGUCACCCGAGCCCCCAUCGAGGCCGCUGCCAAGCCCAGAACAGCGAUGCUGGAGCCUGCCCCGGGCGCCCGAGCCCCCAAGCCCUCGGCAUACGCUGAGGUGAUGCAGUCCAUCCUGGUCCCCGUGGAGCCCGGCCAGGCCCGACAGGUGCCCGCACCCCCAGCAGCCACCCCGGAGCCGCCCCCGGCGCCCGUCCCAGCCGAGCCCCUGCUCCCAGUGGCACCCGCGGUGCAGGCGGCGCCGGCCCGGCUCUCGGGCAGCGCCCCGCACAUCGAGGACCUGGCGUCUGAGGAGAUCUUCGAGGCCAAGUUCAAGCGCGGCCGGGGCGGCUCGCUCAGCCGCGGGCUGAAGCUCUUGAGCCGCUCGCGCUCUGAGGACCGGCACGUGGGCGGCCCGCCGGCCCGGCAGGAGGACGUGUACCGGCCCCGGCCCGCCGGGGCCCCGCUGGAGCUGUCCCCGCUGCCCCGGGGCCCGGCCGAGCGCUCCCAGUCGGUGCAGGACCUGCGGGCAGCGGAGCCGGAGCCCGGCUUCUUGCGCCGCAUGUCGCUGCUGCUCCGCCGCACGCCCCCCGCCGAGCGCAAGGCGCCCCCCGAGCCGGCGCGGGGUGGCGAGACCCCCAGCCGGGGCCGGCGGCUGUCCUGGGGCCUGGAGAAGCCGGAGGCGGAGAGCGGAGGCGAGUCGCCCGUGGUGGCCGUGCGGCGGCAGAUCAGCUCGGCCGUGGAGCGCGUGUCCCUGCGGCUGUGGGGCCAGGCCGAGGACCGGCGGGAGGCGGAGGGGGCCGAGGCGCCCGAGAAGCGCACGCCCUUGCUGUCCCGGUUGCGCCGCGCCAACUCGGAGGGGCAGAGCCUGCGCCAGGUGGGCGUCCCCCAGGACCAGCUGGGGGUCCAGGCUGCCGCCGCGCCCCCCUCGUCCGAGUCCCUCGGCUCCGAGGCCAGCGCCCGCUCUGACAUCUCCGCUAAAGCCUCCGGGCGCUCGCGCUGGGACCGCUGGGGCCUGUCGCGGCCCAAGAAGGACAAGGUGGCCUCGCAGCCCAACCUGCCGGCCAGCGUCCUGCGCGAGGACGGUGCCGCGCCGGGCCGCCCCUACGUGCCCAGCGAGUCAGACUUCCCCCCCGUGUUUCACAUCAAGCUGAAGGACCAGGUGCUGCUGGAGGGCGACCCGGUGACUCUCUGCUGCCUACCAGCCGCCAGCCCCACUCCCCGCAUCAUCUGGAUGAAAGACAAGCGGCCGCUGGAGCCGACGGAUGGGGCGACCGUGGUGUCGUGCAAGGACGGGCGCCAGCUGCUGACCAUCGCCAAGGCUGGCCGGCGGGACGCGGGGCUGUACGAGUGCGUCGCCGCCAACGCCCUGGGCUCUGCUGCCAGCUCCUGCACCCUGGCGGUGGCACGGCUCCCCGGGAAGCCAGGCACCCCCGAGAUCCCGCAGAAGUACAAGAACACGGUGCUGGUGCUGUGGAAGCCCUCGGACAGCCAGGCCCCCUGCACCUACACGCUGGAGCGCAAGGCCAACGGGGAGCACGAGUGGAAGAUCAUCAGCUCGGGCAUCGCCGACUGCUACUUCAACGUGACGGAGCUGCCGCCUGGCACCACCAUGCGCUUCCGCGUCGCCUGCGUCAACAAGGCCGGGCAGGGCCCCUACAGCAGCCCCUCCGAGAAGGUCGUGGUGGAGGGCGCAGAGCCCCCCGGUGCCAGGAAGCCGGUGGCUGCCACCCCUGAGAGAGAGGCUGCCUCCAGGUCCACCCAGACGCCUCGGGACCAGAGCGCUGAGGCUGCACCAGCUACCCCACCCCACGCACACCAGGCGGUCGGGCCCGGCGCUGCCGAGGACAAGGCGGUGCCUGAGCCUCCCCCGGGCAGUCCCGCUCCGGCCAUCGCGGUGUCGGCCCCGCCGGAGCCAGCGCUGACGCCAGCCAGGACUGCGCCCCCUGUCCCGGCUGCAGCCGCCCCCGAUGGACCGGUCUCGCCAGCGCCCACGGCUGUCCCACAUGCCCAGGUCUCACCAGCACCCACGGUUGCACCAGCCCAGGUCUCACCAGCGCCCACGGUUGCACCAGCCCUGGUCUCACCAGCACCCACGGCUGUGACAGCCCAGGUCUCACCAGCGCCCACGGUUGCACCAGCCCUGGUCUCACCAGCACCCAUGGCUGUGACAGCCCAGGUCUCACCAGCGCCCACGAUUGCACCAGCCCAGGUCUCACCAGCGCCCAUGGUUGCGACAGUCCAGGUCUCACCAGCGCCCACGGCUGUCUCAGAUGCCCGGGUCUUGCCGGCACGUGCGGCCACGCCAGCCCGGGUCUCGCCUGCCCCUGCAGCCACCCCAGAUGCCGGGGUCUCCUCAGCCCCCGCGACUGCCCUAGGUGCCAGGGUCUCACCCACUCCACCGGCCCAGCCGGCCUCCAAGUUCUCCCCCAUCGCACCGGCGGCCCCCUCUGCCAAAGCAGCACCAGUGCGGAAGGUGGCCCCGUCAGCGGCCCCCAAGUUCAUGGUCACCUCCUUCGUCUCCCUGCCGCCCGUACCGCCGCCCACCGAGGAUGUGCCCGCGGCCCCUGCGCCCAGCCGCGUCAGCCCUGUGGGGCGAGAGGCCACCGCAGCCAAGGACAGCUCGGGGCUGCACCAGGGGGUGCCGCAGAAGCCCUACACCUUCCUGGAUGAGAAGGCCAGGGGCCGGUUCGGGGUGAUCCGGGAGUGCAAGGAGAACGCGACGGGGAAGCGGUUUGUGGCCAAGAUCGUGCCGUACGAGGCGGAGCGGAAGCAGAGCGUGCUGCAGGAGUACGAGGUGCUCAAGGCGCUGCGACACCAGCGCAUCAUGGCCCUGCACGAGGCCUACAUCACACCCCGCUACCUCGUGCUCAUCUGCGAGACCUGUGCCGGCAAGGAGCUGCUCUACAGCCUCGUCGACAGGUUCCGAUACUCGGAGGACGACGUGGCGAGCUACCUGCUGCAGGUGCUGCAGGGCCUCGAGUACCUGCACGGGCGCCGUAUCGUGCACCUGGACAUCAAGCCCGACAACAUCCUCGUCUCCUGCAUCAACACCAUCAAGAUCGUCGACUUUGGCAGCGCCCAGACCUACAACCCGCUGGUGCUGCGGCAGCUGGGACGGCGUGUGGGCACGCUGGAGUACAUGUCCCCGGAGAUGGUGAAGGGCGACCCGGUGGGCUCAGCGGCUGACGUCUGGGGGGUCGGUGUCCUCGCCUACAUCAUGCUCAGCGGCCGGUCGCCCUUCUUUGAGCUGGACCCCAUCGAGACGGAGAACCGGAUCCUGGCCGGGCGCUACGAUGCCUUCAAGCUGUACCCCAACGUCUCGCAGAGCGCUGCCCUCUUCAUCCGCAAGAUCCUCUCCAUCUACCCCUGGAGCCGGCCCACGGUCAAGGACUGCUUCGCCAACCCGUGGCUGCAGGACGCCUACCUGAUGAAGCUGCGGCGCCAGACGCUCACCUUCACCACGCAGCGCCUCAAGGAGUUCCUGGUGGAGCACCAGCGGCGCCGGGCCGAGGCCGUCACCAAGCACAAGGUCUUACUGCGCUCUUACCCCGGCGGCCAGCCGCCUGCCGCGCCCUAGCCCCGCGCCCGCCGUGCCCGGGAACAUUCCAGGGGCCGCCCCCUCCCGCGGCCGCGGCCCCCGGGCCUCACGGACGCCUGCCCCAUCUCCGGGACACUGCGGCUGCCGCGGGGCUCUGGCUUUGCUGCGGCGGGAGAUGCCGCCGGAGCCGGAGGCGAGGACGGGAGCUGCCAGGUGGGCGCCGCGCAUGUCCGAGGGGGAUGAAGCCACCAGCAUUUUCUUCUCCAGCCGUUGCCUUGGGCGUGAGGGUGCAGGGCUCAGAGCAGCUCAGCGCCUGCCCCGGCCCCAGCCCCAGCCCCUGCCCCUGCCCCUGUCCCCCUUGCUCCUCUCCCGGCUUGCAUGUGAGCUGGGCCGGGUCCAGGCCCCAUGGCCCCGCUCCCCCCACCCUUGCCCCUUGCUUUCCUGCACAAGCUGUGCCAGGGGGUCGUUUGCAUAUCUGCUGAAUAUGCAUGUUUUUAUUUGCAUAUCUCUGCUAGCUGCCCUGCCCCCCCUCCCCCAUGCCUCCCACCGUCCCCCUGGCUGCUACCCUGGGCAUGGGGGCCUGCCCUUCCUCCCCCACCCCCUCUGCCAGGAGAGCAUCCCUGAGCAGCAAUAAAGGCCCCAGCCGUGGCCCCAGGAGGUGUUUGCCAGGCCCGGUGCCCCCAGCAUGUCCCUGAGCCCAUCCCCACGGGCAGGCUGGGGCCGGGGCUCAGCCCUGGAGGGGCCUGAAACGGUGGAGAAAGGGGAGCAGAGCCGAAGGGAAGGGGAAGUCGGGACAGAAGCGUUAGAGAACGUGGGGGUCGGGGACGUGCUCGACCCCAGGACGAGGGGACGAGGGAGCGGGAGCUGCGUCGGCGUGGAGGGAAGCUGCGGGCAUGGGGCAGCAUGGGCCGGGGGAGCCCGGCGCCCAGGGGUUUGGUUUGUUCUGUGGAAGCGAGAUGGGCCGGGGGCCGGGGCCGGGGCCGGGGCCGGAUGGGCGCAAUAAACAGAUGUGUCUGUU